GUAAGGCUUGCUAGUGUCUUACAUGCGCUAGCAGGCUUCGGGCUCUCCCAAAAAAAAGCUGCCCCUGUGUUGCCUACUUGCCUAAUCUGCAAGCGAUUGCAUCUCAUCAUGAGCAGCAGGAGCCGCCGCGUCGCUGCGAAGGUCUGGAAGAAUGGAGACGUUGCCUGGGUGCAGUACAAGGCUGGACCUGCCAGGGGCACGCUGGACAAGCGCCUCGGCGAGACGACGUGGAACGUGAGCUUCGACGACGGCGAAGAGACGCAAAUACCGGAGCGCCUGUUGCUCCGCGAGCAGCCGAUGGAAGACGAGAGCAGCAGCGACGACGACUCGUACGACGACGACGCGCCGGCCGGCACGCCCGUGCGCAAGAAGCAGAAGAGAUCCGGCGGCAGCGGGCCGACGAGCGCAGAAUGUGGCGCCCCGCGGGACAAGCGCGUCGCCAAGCUCUACUACGAGUUCCUCUGGUUCCGGGCGACGCAGCGCCGCCGCAUGUAUCCGCGAGAACGCGUCGUCGGCAGCGGCGUGGAGCUGCCGCCCGCGGAGUUGCCGACGGAGGGCCAAGGAGGCUGGGGUUUUGGGAAGAAACUCAUGGAGGUGGCCAAGUGGGGCAACGUCGGCCGCUAUCUGGACUCGGGAGACCGCGUGACGGGGGACUUCGUGCGGGCCAAGAUCGAGCACCUGGGCCUCACGCUCGAGUCGCCCGAGGGCAUCGCGGCGGCUCUCUCCAUGUGCGUCGCGGAGAUGGACGGCUGGCGAGUAGACUUCCUCCGCCGCUGGACGGAACAGACGCCCGGGGACUGGUUCCGCAUGUCCAAGGGUCAAAUGAAGGGCCUCAACCUCCCGGCCAACCGUGAGGAGGUCAAGAACUUCAUCCGAUUCGCAAAGCCAAUCAUGCGCAACGAACCGGGCCCAUUCUUCUCAGCGAGCUACCAGGUCCAGGGCAGGCGCCUCGUGGAUUCCUACUACGACCAGCGCCUCAAGCAGAUCGACAGCGUCGUCGCCGAGCUCGCCGCGUCCGAGACCUGGAAGGAGGCGUGCGCGGCCGUCCAACUGCUCUCCGGCGCGGGGCAGUUCGUCGGCGGCCAGGGCCUCCUGACGUUCGCCUACGGCGUCUGCAAGAGUGAUUUCACGAAAUUCGCGCCGCGGCUCGACGUGUCGAGCAUGGAAGAGUUCUGCUCCUUCGGUCCGGGCCCCAAGAACAUGGUCCUCGCGCUCUGGAAGGCGAAGCGGCUAGACGACGAGGAGGUCGUCGCGCGCAUCGCCUGGCUCGCCAAGAACGCUGACGCCGAAUUCGCCAAGCUCGGCCUCGCGUUCCCGUACCAGGUCAAGGACGGCCGGCGCAGGCCCCUUACGGCUGUGGACAUGGAACACUCGCUCUGCUACUUCUCGCGCUACCUGUCGGCGCACGACAAACUGCGGGCCGCCGGCGCCGCGACGGUCUACCGCAUGCUCUCGGGCCCCGUCACCAGCAAGAGUUGCCCCCGGCCCUCCAUCAAGUGGCUCUCGACCCUCACGGCGAACACGGCGGCCGACCGCUGCCGCAGCUGGAUCGGCGGCGGCGAGGAGGACGACGAGUCCGACUCGGACGAAGAGCCUCAGCCUCAGCCUCAGGACUGGGAGAAGACGCGGUGAGGGCGCCUCGCGCGGGGUACCCUAAGGUCACUUCUAAGGUCCAG